AUCGGAUAGAGCAAUACACUCUCUUUGCAAUGCCUUACUUUGGAUUUCAGUACAAAUGAUGGCAACGGUACUACGGCCGGUGAAUGCUCCUGUUGCUCCUGCACCCUUGGCCUUCAAGACAGGGUGUGUGCCUGUUAGGCGUCCAGGCUCUGUGUGUACCAGCAAUCAGCUUGUCCAUCCUGGAGUGAGGAUAUUGCCUCCUUCCGGAUCAAGCACACCUCAACCAAGCAUGGCUUUAGAGACUCUAGAGGAGACUUGCCCGAGUUGUGGUAACGCCUACAUGCCAGAUGCCAUUUUUUGUCGCCACUGUGGACAAAAGAAGGCUGAAGUGCCUCACUACUCACCAUUUCCAGGCCCACUAAGCCCUUCAGAUGGUGCUCAGUACAGCGAUGCUCCUAUUUACACAGGUACGUUCGUAUACUGCAGCCUGCUGCCAGUUUCGAAAAAGAUCGUUUGAAAAGUGGCUUCGGCAGCUUUGAGUGCAUGUUUAAGCAACAUUUUGACUUUGAUGCCACAGCUUCGAGAAACAUCAAGCAUGCUAAACCCUGUAAGCUGAGUGUGUGAAAAAGAAUCGUAAUCGAAGUGUUUGCCACCCAUGCAAGCUUGUCAGGCGCAGUCACAGUGGGAUUCUCAGUUCCAUGUUCCUGGUGUCAUUCCUUGUUUCAUUCUUUAAGUUUUUUCUUUUUUGGCACGGCUGCAGAGACCUUGAUUGAAAGAUAUCAUUGUCUCCGUUGUGGACAGUCGCGACUUGGGGCUCAUGAUACGCCCAACGCCCGAAUUGCCGAGCAGAAACCGUGUGGAUAGGCGUAUGGGAGCGAACCACAAAUGUACGGUGCAGGGGUCAUGACUCCAACAUCUGGUGGGGCACCUGUCGUUUAUGCUAGUGAGCCUGCGGCGCCUGUAUACAGCAGUGCACUUUCAGGAACGGUGACCCCUACUUCUGCCAGUGCACCUGUGACGAUUUAUCCAGCUUUACCAGGGUGUCAACAACCUCCGCCCGCCUUGACGGAGCCUACCACGCUAGGAAGCAAUCCUUCAGUCCCAGCUUCGUGCGAGGUUCCGGGAACAACCACACCGAAUAGUGUGGCAUCGAACAAACCCUCAGGGAUUGCAUCCACUGGUUUUUCAUCCUACACUCCGGUUCCUGUACAGGUUGGAGGGCCAACCCGGCUGUCACUUGGGCAGUGUUCAACAAUGCCAAGGCUGUCCGUGUCAAUGCCUACAGCGUCCUCCGCCACUCUACCUGGCUGGGGAACUCCGUCUGCGCCUGGCUGGGGAACUCCGGUGAAGCAAAUCGAAGAACCAAAAGUGCCUCCGAGUUUAACUGCAGGUCUUCCAGAACCGAACUCCAUCGAGCGUCAGAAGAAUGCUUAUGCCCGCGGUUUGGAGGAGCAGUUGAGGCAUGGCACUGACGUCCUUGCCCAACAGCUGAAGCAGCAGUCAGACUAUUUGCUUGCAAUGGGUGACCAGCGAAAACGCCAGUAUGCAUUGCAGGUUGAUCAAGAAAUAAAGCAGAGAGAGAUGGAGCUGGCACAGCAACACAACGAGCAACUGCUGCUUCUUCAGCAAGCUGCUCAACAACAGAAGUCAGCCUUGGAGCACCAGGCAAAUGCCUUGCUGUUGGAGUAUAACCAAAAGAAAGCACAAGAGGAUCUUGCAUAUCAGCAAUAUCAAUUUCAGAAGAAACAGUACGAGACCCAACUGCAGUACAAUGAAGAGAUGAAGGAACUGCAGGUUCACCAAAGUGCAGCUGCGCAACAGGUAGCGCAUCAACGUGCUUACAUUGCGCAGCAGGCAGUCCAAGCCAAGCAGCAAGCUGAUGCCACCGCUAGACAGGUGCGAAGCGCGCAUCCUGCGGAGCCUCCCGCAAGAGCGUACCCCGCGCAAGGAACCUUUUCCAUGUCUCUGCCGUGUGGGACUGUUCCGGGCUUCGACCAAGGUUUGUCACGCAGUCUGGCGUGAUUGACAUGGAGUUGUCGAUUGAAGGUGAACUCUACCUGUGGGUCUUUGUGCUUCACCACAUGCUACUCCGCCAAUGCAAAAGAAGGGCUGCGACAAACCGCCACCGUAUGUUCUCACAUGAAUUAUACAACAUUCAACACUUGCAGAGCUUCUUCUGUUACAUCCUUG